GCAUGCGCCCUGCAUCUCCCCCAACCCGCUUCCUGGGUACCAGUCAGCGCUCCCGGGCCCUCGCGGCGGAAGAGAUGGAACCGCGUCACGCGCGCCCGGCCCCUUGAAACGCUGCUGGCUGGAGCCGCCUCCCUCCCGGCAGUCCGCGGCGGGGAUGGAGUAAGGGGAGAACCACCGACCUGCCCGCGGGGAUAAGCGAUGGAGUUAAAGCAAUCUUUAUCUACCCAUCUGGAAGCAGAGAAGCCUCUGAGGCGCUAUGGAGCGGUGGAGGAGACGGCGUGGAAAGCGGAGGGACUAGGAAGAAAUCAGCUGGACAUCAUCUCCAUGGCAGAGACAACCAUGAUGCCGGAGGAGAUCGAGCUGGAGAUGGCGAAAAUCCAGCGCCUCCGGGAAGUUUUGGUUCGACGGGAGUCAGAGCUCAGGUUUAUGAUGGAUGACAUUCAGCUGUGCAAUGACAUCAUGGACCUGAAGCAGGAGCUGCAGAACUUGGUCGCCAUCCCAGAAAAAGAAAAAACCAAGCUGCAGAAGCAGAGAGAGGACGAGCUAAUCCAGAAGAUCCACAGGCUGGUGCAGAAGAGAGACUUUCUGGUGGAUGAUGCAGAGGUCGAGCGGUUAAGGGAACAAGAAGAAGACAAGGAAAUGGCCGAUUUCCUAAGAAUCAAGUUAAAACCUCUGGACAAAGUAACCAAAUCUCCAGUCAGCUCCAGAGCCGAGAAGAAAGCAGAGCCCCCACCUAGCAAGCCCACAGUGGCCAAGACCGGGCUGGCGCUCAUCAAGGAUUGCUGUGGGGCCACCCAGUGCAGUAUCAUGUAGCCCUCAUAUGGGGUGCCCCCGGGGCCAUGGGGACCCCCCCUCCCAUCCACUUGUCUUCAUAGCCCCCGUUUCACCGGGGCUCAAGAGCUCUCAAAGGCGGAAGGGGUUGAAGGCAAGCCUGUGACUGCCGACAGGGGCCAUGGGUGCAGCGGGCGGGCCCAGGCCGCCUGUACAGAGUGUAGCAAUAGGGAGUCCCUCACUGUCGCAUGGCCCUCCCCAGAGCAUGCCUAACCUAGGAGUCUGUCUUACCUUUUAUCCAACCACCAGGAAAAGUCCUUCCUCAAAAAAGUAUAUCUCCACUUCUAUCUAGCUGUAUCUAACCCACCAUGCAAAUGACUUGGAGAGAGGGGCAUGAUCCCCAGGUGUGUAUAGUUGUGACUUUUCUACAGUCUAGCACCAUGUUGGACACAUCCCCCAUCCACCUUCUUAGCUCUGCUGUCAGGCCUGCCUCAAGGGGCACAGCUCCCAUCCCCCGUCUGUCCUCUCCCGGGGCUGUGCCCUGCAGGGCUCCACACAGCCUACAUACCUUCGAGACACAGAGGGCUCAUCUAUAAAGAGUGAGCUUGUGUGUGGUGUCGUGGUCACGUCUCCUGCUUCCUCCCCUCCCGUGUCUGGGCACGAGUCCCAUUAGGAGCAUGACAAUUCACUCUUGGUUCUUCCUUCCCUUGCAAUGGCUGCCCCAGGUAUGUGGAGCAGAGGGGAUGGGGGCCUUGGCUGGAGCACACCCAGGGCUCGGAAGAGGUAGCAGGACACUGGAAGCUCCAACACCAAGGCAAGGGCAGACAAACGGGACCCAGAGCAGAUGCUGACCCAGGCGCUCACCCCAGAGGCCACCAGAAGGAGUGCCAGCAGGACCCCACUCACCAGCCUAACACACAGACCUCUGUAAACAAGAGCAGCAGGCGGGAGAGGUGGCCUGACCCAACCGUGUCCCAUCAUUUGGUGGUGUAUUUCAACCAGCCUAACAGUUCCACCUGUGUAACUUGAUGUAUAUAUGCUACCGCCAGCUCGGCACAGCCCAUGUGACCUCUCUGUACGUGUGUGUCGUGACCGGCCUAAGUAGUUAGCGUAACUGAAGAUUUGCUGAUGUGCAAUCAUCCAUUGAAGAAAAUAAAAAUGGAAACCACGUACACAGCAUUUUUAAAGUUUUUUACUUUUUUCUUGACUAUGGAAGUUAUCCAUGUACAUAGUAAGUCACUUUAAAAGUAUAGAAAGUAGAAAGAACUUUUUUGGGCUUUGGGUUCUUUUUUUAAACACCCAUCAUUCCUCCAACUAGAGACCACUCUAACAUUUUGGGAUAUUUCCUUUCAGUUUUUUUAUUGCAUUUUUUAAAUGGUUGGCAUUAUACUGUACCAUUUUAUA